AUGGCACACCAAGCCCAUAAUAUCCCAUGGAGUUUGCUGGCAUCAAAUCUCCACUGGAGCACAACCUCUCGGCGUGCCCGUAGCGUCACAAAUCUCCGCCCUAGCAUGAAACCGGACCAAGGCAAAGAGCUCACUUACUUCAUCGAAGCGUUUAUUCGAACCAUCGAUGACCACUCACUAUGCGAGCGCAAGAAAUAUCCCUCGGUAUAUGAUGUGGUUGAUUCCACGGAAGUCAUUCUUGACUCGGCCACUGUUCAGAGAAUUACCCCUACUGUCCGUAAAUGGCGUAGCUAUGGAUUCGGAGGCAGAUGCCCCAGCGGAAUUUGCAAGGUAGCUCAGAACAAGGAAGAUUGUCAAUGCAUUCCAAUCCCAAAUGAAGAGAGAACGGCGUCGGCAUUUCUCCGGCCUCCUGGUCCGAGAGAUUGCUACCGGUUCUUCAAUUUGAACCGUGAAGCGUUCUUCAAUGUCGAAGUGGUGAAAACUUUGCUUUUGCACGGGGAGAUGGACACUAUCCUGCGCGUGUGCGCUCUGCCUGGAGUGAGUCCACCGCAAUGGUGGCCUGACAGCGAGUGCAUGUGUGAGGAUGCCGUACUCGGAUGGGAUCAAAUAUGCAUCAAGGCCCUUAGAGCCUAUAUAUGCCUGAACACUAUUCACUGCUUCCCAGAAAUAUGGGAUAACGCUUCCGGCAGAACCAUGGAGAUGGACUACCGCAGCAGCAAGUUCUAUCAAUUUACGCUGAGAACAUGCACGGGCACGGGGCAACCAUCAGAAGUGAGCACAUAUCCGCAUCGGCAAUUCUUUGGGAUAAGCGACGACCAAUUCCAAGGCGAAAACGAUUAUCCCUUGUUCAAGAGCGCACCCUGGUUACAAUGGGCGGACUUCAAGCAUCAGGGCACCGGGUACCACCGACGCCGGGUCGAUCAUUAUGGAAAGGUGCCCAUUAACGAGUUUCUCACCUUGGAGAAUGAAACGUCAGCGGGCCACCAGCCAGGUACGCUUGAGGUAGUACUGGUUCGGGACUACUUAUAUCGGAAGGGUCUACCGGCGGAGCUGGUGUUGAACGUCAUGGAGCUCGCUGGGUAUAGACCGGUAGGGCGACUGAGAGAGCCCCAUGAUCCCGUUCCACCCAUCAAACCGCCAGGAAUUUUCUCGCUACCUCACAUAUUGUUGGCGAUUGCUAGUCCACCUUGA